AUCACCAACCGUGCCUGGACUUGCCCUGAACCUCCUUGGCUUUCCUUUUUAAACCUGCCGCCCCAGAGCUCUCCUAAGGUCCCCGCCACCCUCUCACCCCGAAGGCCAUACGAACGCUGCUCCAGUGGCUCUAUCACUCGUAUUCCCAACAGAUCUGCCCUUCCUCUGGCGUGUGUACCGUUGUGCCACCUUUAAGCACCAAGUCAACCACCGAUUAAGAUAAUAGCCAUCCUAUUUUGUGCUUAGUUCCCGUUGCUAGCAUUUCCAUGACUGAAGUCUUAUUCUAUUCCCCUAGCGGCGCAGAUACCGUAGCGGCGACCGCGGCGCGGCACUUUGCAAUCACAGCAUCGUUCGCAUCUUUCAAGGCGCUCGUUGCGCACCUCUUUGUGUGUCCGCUGCUGGAGACUGACGCGGCGUUCAUUACACUCGUUCUUUUUGACACGUACGCGUGCGCGUCCGCUGCCGCGGACACCCUCGAUACGCUUGCGCCCGCGGAUCAGGUUGUGUGCUUGGAGGCGCACUUUUUUUCACGCAACGUGCUCGUGGUGCCGUUCUACCAGGCGCCGGGCGCGCCGUGCGCGCUCGUGGAUGCGCAGAUGGAGGAGCUCGUGGCGCAGGUCGCGCGCGACCAGGAAGGCAUCGCUACGCGCAUUGCCACACUCCGCAGCUUCAAUGCCAUGGACCCGGAGAUCAACCGUGGCCCACUGCAUGUUGCAACCGUGCGCACCGUGUUGCGCACGUUGCUCGACACGCAGAUGGAAGCUGGUCGGUUCGCGGCGCUGCGCGCGCGCACGUUUGUCGACUGUGUCGCGCGCGAACUCGAUCUCCGUGCGAUGCUCGGUGUGUCGCACGCGCGUGAGCGUUUCCUCGUACGUUGCAUUGCUGCGUGGAACUUUCCGCUGCACGACCUCACCUGCAACGAGUUGACGUUGUGUGCCGCAUGGAUGCUCACACAUGCGAUCCGCCAGUUACCCGCUGAGCUUGCCCGCAAGGUAUCGCCGAGUCACGCCUUCAACCGUACGCUCACUUUCUUGUUUCUCACACGCAUGGCCUACCGCGCGGGUAAUCCGUUCCACAACUUCCGCCACGCGGUGGACGUGGUACAGGUGAGCUUCUACUUCUUGGUCAAGUUAGGGUGUGUGCCGCGCUUCCGUGAGUUUGAGGAGUUUGAAAACGACCCGAAUCGCGAGGUAGAUCUUGGAGAGGGCGAGAAUCCCACGCUCUCACAGGAUUCGACCCCGGCCGAUGACAGUGCGACAGCCUCGCACCGCGACACUCUUUCUAUUCCUGAGCCUGACGCAUCCAUUAUGGCCGCCACUUCGUGUGCGUCCGACCCGCUCCUCACACCCAUGGACUGCCUUCUCCUCCUCCUCGCGGCCGUGGGCCACGACACGGGCCAUCCUGGAACAACCAAUGCGUUCACCAUCCAGAACCGCGGCUUCCUCGCGAUGCUCUACAAUGGUCGCUCCGUGUUUGAAAACUACCACUGCGCGGAGUUUGCCUCGAUUGUGUCGCUGUUUAUCACCACUGAAUGGGUCGAGCCCGUGUACCGUGAGCUCAUCCGCGAGGCAAUCCUCGCAACCGACAUGGCGCACCAUUUCGAGUACAUUGAGAAGGCGCGCGCGACCGCCAGUACGCAUGCGCUCACACGUGCGGACCGUUCACUCGUGUGCGAGCUUCUCAUCAAGUGUGCGGACAUCUCCAACGUCUCGCGCCCACUCCGAGUGUCCGCACAGUGGGGCGUUGUGCUCGGGCGCGAGUUCGGCGAGGUUGCGCUUUUGCAACAGACACUAGACGGGAACUUGCCUAGCGCUGCGGCCGCAGCGUGUGCGUAUGCGCCCUUGCCUCUGUCGGCGGACGAGGCAGUGGCCACCCACCUGGGCUUAGUGAGCGGCCAGUUGUUUUUUAUUUCGACGUUUGCCGAGAGUUUGUUUGCAUUGACGGGUGAGGUGUUCCCGGAGUUAAAAUUUGCGUACGAGUUGGUCAUGGAGAACAAGCGGUAUUGGGAGGGGAAAAAGAAGCCGCUAGAAUAGGUACAUAUCCCCGAAAGAAUCCUUCUCUGCACCGAGGAACAUGCAGAGCUUUUUUUUUUUGACCCAAGAGCGCCCGAAAUAGAUUCUGCCGUUCAGAGAGGAUUCACUCAAAAUAUUUCCGAGAGAGACCGCUUGAAUGACUGACUGGACAAGGGGUCUAUCCGUGGAGACAUUGAUGCAUUUACGCAAAGAUUGUGUCUUCCUUGAUUGUUGGCGUUGUUUCCUCUCACGCCUUUGUCUUUGCAUAUGGUUGGGUUAUCUCCUCAGCUGUCUGAGUGACGUUGCUGGGUUCUGGUGUUACUGAUGUAUUUUAUUCGUUUCCGUUCGUUUCUUGCUUUUUGUCGUGGCCCAGAACCUCUUUGUAUAUUACAAUAUAGAAAUAUGUAAGGGAAAUUAAGCCGGGUGAGAAACCGAGGCAAGAAAUCCGUCGCCCCUUGGUUGUAAAGCAACCAGUC